AUGGUAGAUGCACAGAGCAAGAAGAAGCAGGACGAGUACAAAAGAAAGGGCGAGGUAGCGAGGAGAAAGACAAUUUCCGCUCAAGCCUCAGCGCCGCAGUACCAACUGAUCAGAGAGCCUACAUCGAUGCCUCGCAAACGCAAGGCUUCAAUUAUUGACGACUUGACAACUACACCUGCACCACCUCCUCGCUUUAGACUUUACAUGCCUCAACAUCAACCGCAUACGCCCGCAGCACCUCCACCACCGCCUCCCAAGAUUGUCCACCCUGAGACUAUACCCCAAGAUAUCACAAGCAUCUACGACGAGUACAAGUGGCCGGUCGUGCUAUAUGAGCUUGAACCUGGACAUGGCUUCGAAUUUGCCGAGUCCUUUUUACAAGAUCAGUUUGAGAAAGGAAUCUACCACUCAGACAGCGACAGAUGGGACGCGCAUAUUACAGCAGGCUUCAUCAAGAAUGGAAACAGAAUGUCGCUUCUAGUUUUACACAAUGCUGCGAACCCGUUCCAGUAUGACCCACCGGCCACAACGACUACCAGCAUCGGCGUAUAUGGAAUGUUUGCUCAUGAGCAUAACGAGAUCCAUUGGACGACUGUUGCGCCAUCUGUUCACAAAUGGCUCCGCUUAUCCAUGGAAGCGGAUCUUCUCACGGUCAAACAGAAGUGGUUUCCCAACAUGAAGGCUUCUGACAAGCGGUUCCAUCGCGCGUAUUGGUUGGCUGCCAAUAAACUGCCGCUCAACCGCAUACUGAACCAUAACAUGGCACCCGAGGAGCCGUACGGAGUGUUUGAAGACAACGAGAAGAAUAACUUUGUGAUUACGGAAGAGGACCUGCAGUACGGGUGGGAUGGAGAGAGUGUAUCGGUGGAGAAAUCGGAGAAGAUCUGGCAGAGUAUUGUCGACGAGCUGGAGGGAGUGGACCUGGCGGACGUCGAGCACGUGUCUAUAGGAGGAUCAGAGAGGGCGUUUACGGCGGACUGGUUUAGCAAGUGA